AUGCCAUUUGAUCAAAGAAUGGGCCCGGGUCCAAGACCAAGGCCGCCAUUUGGUAACAGAAUGCCAUUUAUGCCCCGAAUGCCAUUUGGCCCGAGAAUGGGUCCUGAACCCAGACUGCCAUUUGAUCCCAGGAUGGGCCCAGAUCAGAGAAUGCAGUUUGAUCCAAGGAUGAAUGCAGAUCAAAGAGGGCAUAAUGAACCUCCCCAUUUAAGUGAUCCGAGGUCAGGGGGUGAUCCAAGAUGUGGUCCUGGAUCAGGAGGUGAUCCAAGAUCAGGUAUUGGGCCUCUUCAGGAUGACCCAAAUAACAGUAUGGGGAUUGUUGGAGAUCCAAGGCAGGGGCCUGGAUCAGUAGUUGAUCCAAGAACAGGUUCUUCACCCAAAAAUGAUCCAAGGUUAAGUGCAGGUCAUGAUCCAAGGUUGUUGGGUGACCCUAGAGUAAGUAGUGAUUCAAGAAGUCAAGGACUACAGAGAACUAACUCUGACCCAAGAAGUGCUAAUUCUGAAAACAAGUUAGAUCCUCGACAGAAUCAAGCUAUGCCUUCAGCAUUAUUAGAACCCCCAAAAUUAUCAGACCCUAGAAUUUCUAACUUAGAAACUGCUGAUACUAGUGAAUCAGAAUCUGGCAUGUCUGACUCUCAAUCAGAUCAGUCUGUGAAAAGGUUUGACUAUAGAAAUGAUCCAAGAUUCAAGAGGAAACCUGCUUCUGAUUCCACAGAGAAGGGGAUCCUUGUGAAAAAGUUUACUGGUCAAAGGAAAAGUAGUAUGGAAUAUAGUUCCCCAUUAGGAAUGGAUGAUUCCAAGUCAGAUGACAGUUCAGGUUACAAUAGUUACAACAGACAAAGCUCUAAUCCAACUAAACCCGCCACCAAAGGUGGGAACUGGGGAAGGACUAGUAGCAAUUCUCCAGGGGUUACUGGAGCUCCAUCGGCCCCCCAGGCUGGACAACCAUCAACACCACCACCACCAGACCUUCCCAAACAACCUGGGGGGCUAGAUUCAGUGACACCAGGCAUUCCUGAUGUGAUGAUUCCACCCCAAGUCCCCAUGCCCAAUGAACCACCUCUCAAAGAUCUGUUUAAGUCUAUAGAUCCCACAGCUUCCCCUUUCUGUUAG